AUGUUACAACAGGAAACGAAGCCCACAGCCCAGCUCCAGUCUCUUGCUGAAGAACUCCAGUCUCAUAUACUGAGUUUUCUUCCUUAUCGAGAUAUUCUUCGAUGUACAUCCGUAUGCAAGGCCCUUCGCCAGGCGUACACAUCGUGCUCCGAGCUUCAGUACAUUGUUGAGCUCGGCGGUCAACAUCUCCUCCCUGUCCCUCACACUUCUGACAAUCGCACUUCUAUUUCAAAGCGCCUACAACUCCUGAGAGAUAACGCCCACGCAUGGUUCAGCUUUGAUAUCCACUCUUUCAAAACAGUCUCCAUACCACUCCAUAACAAAAUGUGGGUUGUCAAUGGCCACCUUUGCCUGUGGGAGCGACAUCAUGACUCGACCACAAUUUUUCCAAUACUACCGAAACCUUCCCAAUACACAAUCGAGCGUAUUGGGUCUCCGAUGUCGUUACGUUCAGAUCCCAAUGCAUACGGCUUCGACGUGCUCAUGGACCCAGCGCAAAAUCUAAUUGCUGUCGUGUAUGCCACUGUCGAUGAUGAUUUCCAGUGGGAUGACGAGAGGAUCUAUAUUGACCUCGGGACCCUGGAUGGGGGAGGUAUCCACCCUCAAGCCAUUGGACGUACAUUAUUUCGGUCAGAACUGCCUGGAAUCCCGAGUGGUAAUCGCACUUCAACAGACUUGGGGAAAUUAAAACUCAAGUGUUUCGGAAGACAUAUCGCUCUGUGGCACUCCCGACAGAUCACUUAUGAAUUCUUUGACGAGAGGUUAUGGGGGUUGCAGAUUUGGGACUGGCAGCGCUCAGCAACGUCCAACGUGAGCUUUGGUCUGAAAUAG